AUGAACACCGUGCCCCACAGUAUUCAUUCUCCCUGGCUUAAGCACAAAACUCAAGCUACAAAGACCCAGAACCCAGCCAACCAGACCAGACAAGCCAACAGGACCACCGUGGCCCCAAAAACGACCCAGAAUCAAGGACUCCGGAAGCCCUACUCGUACAGAAACCACCACUCACAGAUCUCGGCCUCAGACCUGAGAGGAAGCCAACAAGAACCCUACGAACAAAAGGUUCAAGCCAACCCUACAGCAGUGCAAGCACCACCCUCGAAUGUAUACAAACGGCAAAUACCAGAGGCAAACAGGAUUGAAAACCAGUCUAGUACCACCACAGGUUACACUCAUAUGUAG